AUGGAGUUGAACAUGGAUACAAGCGAUCCUAUGCUCAAGAAAAAAUCAAGUCGUUCGAGUGUGCGGGCACCGGUCUUGAAAUGGAAAGUACUGACUAUAGUCUUCGUCGCGAUUAGCGUUGUGCUGCUUAUUGCUUUGAUAGUAGUAGCUACAAGGCAGACCAAAGCUAAAGCAGGACCAAAGCAAAACAAAAGUCCAGAUUACAGAAGGAAUUCCUCUGUACCGUCAUGCGCAGAUGGAAUGUCAAACCCUUCUGAGCCACCUACGUCCGCCGGUGUGUUUGAUGACCUUACAGUCGAAGAAAUUACCUCCGUUAGAGAUUACCUUUUGAUACAAGCUGAACUAAACCUCACCAGAUAUGAUCAAGCUUCUAUAGAUAGCAACUACAUCUAUCUUGUACAGUUUCUCCCUCCCUCAAAAGAUGAGGCUCUUGCAUACCUUGAUAGAGAUGGUGCCAAGCCUGAAAGAAAAGCUAUUGCGGUCGUAUUUCACGGUGCUACUGACCCACCAAUGGUAAGAGAAUAUGUCGUCUCUCCCGCCUCUAAUCCAAACAAACACGACAUCAGAAUUAUUCCUGGAAGACAGAGAGAUUCCGUGCCCUUUAAUGCUCGUCCGUUUGAUGGCUAUCUAGAGCUUACUGCCUUGUACCAGGCAGUUGUGAACAAUGCCUCUAAAACUCUAAAAACGCUAAUGCAAGAGAGUUAUGAUGGCUACUCCUUCACUGAUUGUACCGAAAAGUGCCUUUCGACCAUUUACACCGCACCAAUGGGUUUUACGGGCGAUGACCGAUAUACCUGGAUUUUUUUCAUCCGUCAGGUUACAGGCGAAUACAGUCAUACCCUUGAUCUGCAUUUGUUAAUUGAUCACUCAGGUGCAGAUGUAAAAAAAUGGAAAAUCCUGCAAGUUAUUUACAACAACCAAACUUUUGAUUCUGUUGAUGAGUUAGUCGACGAAUACAAGAAAGGCACUAUACGCAAAAUCAAGAUACCUUCACCUGUCGGAAAAGGCCCACUAUUUUCAAGCUAUGAACGCAGAGGAGACCCACAACCAGUCAAGCCUAUGCGAGGCCCUGAAUUGUAUGAGCCUGACGGAAAACGGUACACUGUCAGUGGACGCCACGUUAACUACAUGUCUUGGUCCUUUGAUUUCAGAAUGGACUCUAACAGUGGCAUGCAAAUAUACGACAUAAAAUUCAACGGAGAAAGAAUCAUCUACGAACUCAGCCUUCAGGAAGCUGCAGCCACAUAUGCAGGCUACUAUCCAAACCCUUCUUGGAACAAUUUCCUCGAUGGCAGCUGGAGAAUGGGGAUGAGCAGCUUUGAGUUGGUGCGAGGCGUGGAUUGCCCAGAUACUGCCACCUUCUUUGACCUAGUGCACAUGAGCGGUGCAGAUAUUCCGCUGACAUUUCACAACGCUGUCUGCCUGUUUGAGUUGAACACCGGAAUGCCCCUGCGACGACAUUAUGAUAACAAUUUUAUGGGAGGAUACCGCUUCUAUGGUGGAAUGGCAGAUCAAGUGCUCGUUUUACGCUCAAUAUCCACUGUGUACAACUACGAUUACGUAUUCGAUUUCAUCUUUUACCAAAACGGUGUCAUAGAAGUCAAGAUUUCAGCAUCUGGUUAUAUCUUCGGUUCAUUUUAUGACUCUAACGCUGAGCCAUACGGGUAUAAGCUUUAUGAACAUUUCUUUAGUGGCACACACGAUCACCUGAUCAACUACAAGGUUGACUUAGACGUCGGUGGAAGAAAGAACUCUUAUGAGACAAUUGAGAUCGGAAUAGAAAAUAUCACAGAGCGGUGGUUUCCUUACAAACGGCGCGUCCAAAAGGUUCUAAAGCGCAGCGUCAAAAACACAGAGUUAGACGCCACUUAUAAGUUUAACUUUGAUACUCCAAAAUAUCUGAAUUUCUUUAAUGAUGCGGAGAAGAACAGGGUGGGCGUGAAGAAGGGGUAUCGCAUCCAACUGGGAGGAAUACUGAAACAAUUGUAUCCUGAAGACUGGAUGAUGGUACCCAUGAUGAGUUGGUCUCUUUACCAAAUGGCUGUCACUAAAUAUAAAGAAAAUGAGACGCAGAGCAGCUCCAUCUACAACCAGCACGCCCCUACAGAUCCACAGGUUAGUGAAGGGAACUGGAAGAGUGAGUAAGGCAGUAGCUUAUCAUCCUUGAGGGUGUAUGUUCAGUAGUCUCAGACGACGCCUGGGUCACACAGUAAAAGAACAUAACUUAGCUGUAAACUUGUUCUUACGCUUCGUGCAAACGGACGCAACAACUCCCAAAAUUGUUGCGCCAAGAAUGUUGCGUGUUGUUGCUUCUGUGUUGCAGUGGUGUGCAAACGAAUGUUACAACUCCCAACAACAGGCAACAACAUGCAACAGGAGUGCGAAUGGACGCAACAUGUAACAUCUAGCCUGAUGCUGGGUUUUGUUGGCCAGCAAUGCUGCGUCCGUUUGGACGGGGCUUCAGAAUGAAGAUGAUGUGAACCGCGGGCGUUAGAGAACACAACAAGUUAUCUAGAAAUAGACUAAAAGUCUUACGCGCCGUGACGUUACGUUGUGAUGGUUUAUUAUUUCUUAUAACCUUUAACGUGAUUUGAUUCUCGCCAUCAUCAUUUAUACUUCCGAAAACAUUUUUUUAAUCUCUUUUUCGAUGGAAAGUUUGGUUUAUAUAAUCUGUAUAUAUAUAUAUAUAUAUUUUUUCAAUCCCCACAGGUGGAUUUCCGUCAGUAUCUUUUGGAUAACGACUCCAUCUUGAACGAGGAUCUAGUUGCCUGGGUAACCGUGGGUAUGAUGCAUGUGCCACAUUCAGAAGAUCUUCCUAACACGGCGACAGCUGCUAACUCGGUUAACUUCUUCAUUAGACCUUUCAAUUACUUUGAUGAAGAUCCUUCCAUUGGAUCCACUAAUGCCGUGCUGAUCACGCCUACCACACAAGGCGGUCAAAAGGUGGAGCGUUAUGGUACCGCAGAUGGUCCCCAGUGUGUACCGAAAGAAAACAAACUUGAUUUUAAUGGCCGCUAUAUUCCUCAGUAAUCUUGAGUUAACCCUGUAAGCCCCAAUAUCCACAAAGCAAUUCUCCAAACUGAUCUCCAUACAUUUCCUUAAAGAGGUAGUUGAGAGAAUUUGAUAAAAGAUCAAACCAUUUUCUCUUUAGCGAUCAUUUCAUUAAUUCUCAUAACCUUAUCUCUUGACAAGGUAUGGACAUCGUUAGGAGAAAAUUGAUCUUGGUCACCAUUGGGGCUUAAAGAGUUAACGUCUUUUGUUUUUCAGUUCUGAAUUUGCAAGUGUCUUGUUCAGUAACAUUUUGUGUGCGCUUUGCAUCGUUUCAGUUAUCUUUUUCUAAUUUUUUUCCGGAGGGGACUUUUUGUAUCCGCAUCACAAUCUUGCAAAAUUCGGGAGAACAUUUGGUGGACGGCCCUGAAGAGAACACGACGGUGAUGCAAAAGAGCCAAAGGAAAUUCUUAACUCAGGGAUUCCUUUCUUCUUGCUAUUACGAAUCACUGCUGACGGAACAGUGACGAACUUUGCCAAAACAUGAGAAAACAAAGUAACUCGCUCAACUUUAUUCUCUUGAAAAAAGUGUUAAUUGAUCAUUCCACUUUUCUUAAGUACAUUCUGAAUACUUGUGUGUAUUGUAGCGGAGACCGGACGCACUACGAGGGCUGUCGUCCUUGAGCUUGGCGCCUAAAAAAUGUUUCUUCAAGUAAAUUUUGAUAAAGAAGUGCGGUUUAACCAAGGAAGUCAAUAAGUGAAAAACUACGUUGACACAUGUUUUCUGUGCAAAGGAAAAAUAGGCCUAUUUUUCACACAACCUCUGAUCUGUUAUUUAAAAGCUUCCGACCUUUUUGACGAUUUGCACCUCCUCUUCGCCUUAUUCCUGUUUGAGGUUUCCCCAGGUAUGUGCCGGUUAAAAGUAAGAAGUCUGAGACCAAAAGUGUUCCAAGAACACAAGAAGCGUUGAAAUUAUGAAUUAACACAAAGGCAACUGAGAAAAAUCGUUAACGUUGAUUUAAGAGCCACUGAGAAACGCAAGCUUUUCUUACAAUUUUUCCUCGUUAAAGGAACCUGUCGAUGAAUAAGACUUUUUUUAAAAUCGUUUUCCCGCAACAUAUCCCGUGAUUUACGGUAAAGUUAUUUAUACUAUACUCUUUAUUUGGACGAUGAAGUCUUUCCGUCUUCCAAACACAUUGAUUCAGUUCAGCCUCUUUGCCAAAGUUUUCACCAAUAAAACGUUUUUUUCACCCAGUCUUGUUAAACUACUUGAGUUGUCGGGGAAACCGUUUGCCGGUGUAAAUGAGGGAUUGAAUAAGAGGCACUGUUGUAAAGUUAAUUUUUUAAAUUAAUUUCUCGUUCCUAAACAAUAGAUUUUUCUUUUACGAGGCUCGUGGAUAAAACAGGUUCGAAAAGUUUGGCAGGGGUGCGAUCGCUUGAUCGAUCAUGAAGCGCGUUACAAUUUACAAAUGUGACUAUCAACGUCAAAGCAUAAUUAACAUUGUAUAAUAAAGCAUAUGAAAACAAAAGGAUCUAUCAUGAUAUUCAAUCGUAUUGAUAAAAGUGGCUGGAUUCUGACAGUUGCGUGAUUUUCAGGUCAAGCAUUAUCAAGUGUUUGUUUAAGACGCCUCACCUACAGUAACUUCCAGCUCUUGUUAGACCAAUCGUUAUCAACGAGCUGAAAAUUCAGGCGUCUUUGUGAAAUCCAGACCGUUGCCUAAAGUACUCCUAACUUCUUCCAGGUAGGUUUACAAACAUUUACUACAUUUGAAUAACUUUACAGUCUAACUAUCUUAAUAACAAAUACUAAGAUAAACUCAAUUUGCAUGCUAAUCUCUAGCGGCACUGAAAGGACCUCACGAAAUGUCGCCAUUGUGCUUACGGCCAAGCGACCAUGGAAUGCUACCUGCUUGCAGCAGAUCAGUAGUACCCCCGGGAUGCUGAUUUAAGCUCAGGUCGCUGAAGAAUCUUGCACGUAGUUUACGCUAAGUACACCCAACGUCUCAAUACGUGAUUUUUCAUUACAGGAAAACAAGAGCCAAUAUUCGAUAGGAAUUAGUAAUGCUUAGUACUUUUGUUCGCAGUGUAAUUAAAAGGGUAAUUUGACAUUUGUCGGCUUACUUAAAUGACGAAUCGAAUGGAUGUCUGGGAAAAAUCGUUGAGAACUUAUGUUCGCAUACCCCAUAAAUUCCGUGAUCGUUCAGGCCCUGAGGAGACAAAUAAGACUUCAAAUAAAUAGUGACUCGUUUUGUCUUAAGUGGUUAUGUUUCACCCAGUUUGGUGGCUGUUUCCCCUGUUUGAAUUUUGAUUAUUUUUCGAGACAGCCCCCCAGUUUAACAGCUUAAGGUUUAUUGAUUGAUUGAUGUAUAGUCAAACCUCUUUAAUACGGACACCAAAGGGACAGAACUAAUACUGAGUGUCCGCAUUACAGAGGUGUCCGUAUUAUAGAGGUAGGGAAUAUAUGUUUUUUUUUGGCAUUUCUGGGACCAAACGAACUGUCCAUAAUAGAUCGAAGAAAUUUCUACGGAGAUCUCUGGUUAAAGAUCAGCAAGCUAUCGGCGAGCGCCAGUGAACAGGCACAAAAAGCCAAUCAGUCCAAACUUGUUUAGCAAGCUCAUUAGCAUAAAAAUGUUUGGCCUUCGGGGCACGUAAGGAACACUACACGGCUAUACUUGUAUCUUGCCGUAUUUUUGUUUUAAGGAAGGUUCUUACAAAAGUAUCAGACUUAGGUGAGAGGAGAUUUGAAUAGGCGAACGAGAGUGGUGGGGGGGGGGGGGGGGGGGGGGGGGGGGGUGGGGAGUGGGGGCCAAGGGGGAAAGAAAGGAGGGCUUUUCCCCCCUUUUUCUCUUUCUCUCGGCGUUGGCGACGAACUAGCAAGAACUCAUGGUCGGUUUUGUUGUUUGUAGGGAGGAUGUUGCAAAGAGAGUGAGUGGGUGGGGGGAGGGGGGGGGGGGGGAGGGGGGGGGGGGGGGGGGGGGGGGGGGGGGGGGGGGGGGGAAGGUUGGGAGUUGGUUCCAAGGGAGAAAGUAAAGACGGCUUUUCUCCCCUUUUUCUCUUUCUCUCGGCUUUGGCAUAGAACUAGCAAGAACUCAUGAUCAGUUUGUAUAUUGUACCCAUGAGGUUAAGGGAGUAGAAUAAUAUAAGAGGGAAAUAUAUACAUAUAUAUUCCUCUUUUUGGAGGGGCUCGUACUGACCGUACUUUUGUUCACCGUGAGAGGAUUAAGCGGACACUUGUCAGAAUCGAAGCACACGGGGAAUUUCCCGAGCAGAGAUCCCGACAUGGUAUCUAGUUUUGGACGAGACACUGAAUUACGCGCCUCGAUCAGUGUAGUAUACGUCGAUGUAGUUCCAUCUUGUUAAGAGAUGGUCUCCUAAAGUUCUUCCUAUACUGUGAUUAUCCGUACCAAACACAGCGAACUAAUUCAGCGAGAUGAGACCAAGUCGUCACACCCAAAAGUUGUCCCGGUCGCUUACGAGAUGCUCCAAUUAUAUAUUAAGACUUUGACUGGGUAAAUUUUGGUGUUUUGGACAGGUGAUCUCACAUAGAGCUUCGAUUUUAUGUACCUAAGAUUAAUGAACUGAAACGAUAUAUUUUCUUUCAUUUUUAGAAGGAGAAUCAUGCAGAAAACAAACAUGGAAACAAGCGAUCCAAUGAUCAAGCAAAAAUGCAGCUCUUCGAGUGUCACGCCAGUCUUCAAAUGGAAAGUGCUUACUAUCGUCUUCAUCGUGAUUAGCGUUGCACUGCUUAUUGCUUUGAUAGUAGUAGCCACAAAGCAGACCAAACCCAAAUCGGCAGAUUCAGGAGUACAUACAAAAGCCACAGUACAAUUAUGCGCAGAUGGAAUGUCGAAUCCGACUAAGCCACCGAAGUCCGCAGGUGUGUUUGACGACCUUACAGUCAAAGAAAUUGCCUCUGUUAGAGAUUAUCUUUUGAUGCAAGCAGAACUCAACCUCACCAGUUAUUUACAAGCUACUCUAAACAGCAACUACAUCUAUCUUAUACAGUUGCUGCCUCCCUCAAAAGAUGAAGCCCUUGCAUACUUGGAUGGAGAUGGCGCCAAGCCUGAAAAGAAAGCUAUUGCGGUCGUAUUUCACGGUGCUACUGACCCACCAGUGGUAAGGGAAUAUGUUGUCUCUCCUGCCUCUGAUCCAAAUAAACAUGACAUCAGAAGAAUUCCUGGAAAGCAGAGAAAUUUUGUGCCAUUCAAUGCUCGCCCUUUCGACGCCUUCGUAGAGCACACUGCUCUGCAUUCGGCAGUCUUGAAUGAUGCGUGCUAA